AUGCAAAUUGGUUCUUGUAAUCCUAAGAAUCAGUACUUGUUUGGUGGUGUGCCUUUGAGAUGUGUUGAAAGCGAGAAGGACCUUGGAGUUGUCUUUAACACCAGCUUCAACUUUGAGGGUCAUGCAUGGGCUCCAAUGGCUAGGCAUGGAAACUGGUCACUGAUUCUUGAAUUGGAAGGUGUUCAAAGAUCGUUCACCCGUAUGAUUGAUGGAUUGGGACUCAUGACGUACAGAGAGAGACUGGAUAAGCUGAACCUCACAACCCUGCUUGAACGCAGGGUUCGUGGAGAUCUCAUUGAGAUGUUCAAGAUCCAGGAAGGCUUUGUGGGUUAUGGUUCCGAUUUAUUUGGUCGUUCUGAGCGGGUCUUAACAGCUAGGUUACACGGCAAACACCUCAACAUAUCUGUUGUUGUAGCCUACGCUCCGACUGACGGUGCUGAUGACGGAGAGAAAGAUCGUUUUUACAACGUUUUAUCAGACACGUUUGGUGAACUGCCCCGACAUGAUCUGAAACUGCUACUGGGUGACUUCAAUGGAAAAGUUACUUCAAACAGAUAUGGAUUCGAGGGAGUUAUUGGUGGAGAAUCUCUCCAUAGUUCAUCAAGCGACAAUGGGACCAGGCUCAUGGAUUUCUGUGCAGCCAAUCAACUUGUUAUUGGUGGAACUCUGUUCCAGCAUAGAGACAUCCACAAGGGUACAUGGCGGUCUCCUAACGGGUUAACUGUGAAUCAAAUAGAUCAUAUUUGUAUUAGUGGACGAUUCCAACACUCGCUACUCGAUGUUAAGGUAUGUCGUGGGGCUGACAUUGGUUCAGAUCACUAUCUUGUUCGUGGACGGCUGCAAAUCAAACUGCAGUCGGUAGCUAAGAUCACUGCUAAAAGGCACGAUGUGCCUGCUAUCGAACAUUUGCGAAACUCGUCUAAGGUUCAAGAGUACAAUGUGGCUCUUCAGAACCGUUUUGAUUGUCUGGCUAAUGAGGUCAACCUUGAGGACAUGUGGGAUAAUUUCAAGCAGACAGUCACUGAUGUCUCGAUGGAAGUGCUUGGAAAGCGUCCCCGGAAGGUUAAAGAACAACACCUUUCGCAAACCUCUAAGAACUUGAUAGAGCAACGGGGAAUGUUCAAACGGAGGGAUCCCACUUCAAACGUCAAUAGAUCAGCCUACUAUAAACUUAAUAAAUUAGUUAAGAAAAGUUGUAAAAUUGACGACAACAACUGGGCUACUAAAAUAGCGACUGAUCUAGAGGAGGCUUCUAAGAAAGGCCAGCAAAGGGAAGUUUGGGAUAAGAUAAAGAAGAUUUCUGGGAAAAAGAAGAAGAAAGUGGGUAUGUCAGUUAGGGAUAAGGAUGGUCAUUUUAUUACAGACCCGGACAGUCAGAAGGAAAGGUGGAAGGAGCACUUUACUGAGCUCUUAAAUCCUCCACUAUCGGAUGCCAAUCUUGAUGACCUCGAUGGUGUGCCCUCACAACCGAGUUCUGACUACCUUUCUUGUUCUGAUGGACCUCUUUCUAGAGAUGAGAUUAGUUAUGCUCUAAAGAAACUGAAGAACUGCAAAAGUGCAGGGGUUGAUGAGAUAACUAAUGAACAACUUAAGUAUGGUGGAAGUGCUCUUGUUGACCAACUAGAGCUACUGUUUAAAAAGGUAUGGGAGGAAGAGGUGAUCCCUGAGGAUUGGCUUAAAGGUGUUAUAGUGGUUAUCGGAAAGAAGGGAGACACCUCAUACUGCUGCAAUAAUAGGGGUAUAACUCUUAGGGCAACGUCUUCUAAGGUUCUUCAAAUGGUUCUUCUUAAGAGGCUGGAUGUUGGAAUGGAGUGUCUUCUUAGGGAAAAUCAGUGUGGGUUCAGACGGAACCGCUCAUGUAUUGAUCAGAUUUAUUCCAUCCGCACCAUUAUUCACAACUGCAUUGAGUUUAACAUUCCACUUUAUGUUAAUUUCAUUGAUUUUAAGGCAGAGUUUGAUUCCAUCAGAAGAGAGUUUAUUUGGUCAAGCAUGAGACACUAUGGACUUCCUGAGAAAUAUGUUAGAAUCUUUCAGGCAUUCUUCAACGGAACCACGAGUGCUGUCAGGGUUAAUGGUGAAAUGUCUGAUUGGUUCUCUGUUAAUUCGGGCACUGGACAGGGUGAUAUCCAGGGCCCCCCUGUAUUUAAUUUUUGUCUGAACUUUGGAAUCUUUUUGGCCGAGGUUCACAAGGCAAUCAGUCAUGGUGCUGUACUGCAAAAGGAACUAAAGGGUGCAGAUGAAAAAGUUAUCAUGGACAGUGACUACGCUGAUGAUCUGGCAGUGAUGGACAAUACUGAAGAAGGGCUGCAAGAGUCCACUGAUCUUAUAGCUUAUUACACCUCUUAUGCUGGGUUGAAGAUCAACGCUAAAAAGACACAAUGCAUGGCGAUCAGCAAGUGUGCGUCCCAGCGACCUUACACCGAAAGAGACAGUAUAAAGCUAACAGUGGAGGGAGAACCUGUUGAACAGGUCAGCAACUUUGUUUAUCUUGGUGCCAACAUCAGUGGGGAUGGUACCAUUGACCGAGAUCUUGACAUCAGGAUCCAGCGUGCUAAUGGUGCGUUCCAUCAGCUUUGGAAGAUAUGGAACAGUCGAACUAUAAGAACGCCCACCAAGAUCCGUAUCUACAAGGCUGCUGUUAUUACUAUUCUGUUAUAUGGAGCCGAAGUGUGGAACACAACAAAGAAGCAGAUGAAACGGUUUGAGGUCUUCCAUCUGACCUCCCUGAGAAGAAUCUUGAAGAUAAAGUGGUUCUUCCAUGUCUCCAAUGAAGAAGUUCUCAGGCGUGCUGGAAUUAAGUCUAUCGAAACUUUCAUCGGUGCGGCUAGACUAAGGCGGUACGGACAUGUUGUCAGAAUGCCAGAGACGCGGUUUCCCAAUUUCUUACUGGAUUGGAAACCAAACUAUGGAAAGAGACUGAGAGGACGACCCCGCAAAGGCUGGAUGGCCUGUGCGGCUGGAUCCUAUUAA